UUUGUUUUUAACCCUUUUAACUCGUAACUCUGAUCCUCUAAGCCCAACUAACCAAAUCAGUCCAAGAAGAUGGGUGAAGAAGGAGGUGGUGGCGGCAGCCAUGGCAAGGAUCUGAAGGGUUUCUUGAUGGACUUUAUGAUGGGCGGCGUGUCGGCUGCUGUGGCCAAAACGGCGGUGGCACCCAUCGAGCGUGUCAAGCUGCUCCUGCAGGUGCAGGAGGUAUCCAAGCAGAUAUCACAGGAUCAGCGCUAUAAGGGUAUUGUCGAUUGCUUCAUUCGUAUACCCAAGGAGCAGGGAUUCGGCUCCUUUUGGCGCGGCAACCUGGCCAAUGUGAUACGAUAUUUUCCCACUCAGGCCCUUAAUUUCGCCUUCAAGGAUGUCUACAAAUCGGUUUUCCUCGGUGGCAUAGACAAACAUAAACAAUUUUGGCGCCAUUUUGCUGGAAACAUGGCUUCCGGAGGUGCGGCAGGCGCCACAUCCUUGUGUUUUGUGUAUCCUUUGGACUUUGCUCGAACCCGACUCGCCGCCGACGUGGGAAAGGGCGGCAAUCGUGAAUUCAACGGUUUGAUAGACUGCCUCCUGAAGGUUGCCAAGAGCGAUGGACCGAUUGGUCUGUAUCGCGGUUUCAUCGUCUCCGUGCAGGGUAUCGUCAUCUACCGAGCUGCCUACUUCGGCUUCUAUGACACGUGCCGCGACUACUUGCCCAAUCCGAAGAGCACACCCUUCUAUGUCAGCUGGGCCAUUGCCCAGGUGGUGACCACGGUGGCUGGUAUCGCCUCCUAUCCAUUCGACACGGUGCGUCGUCGCAUGAUGAUGCAGUCCGGUCUGAAGAAGUCCGAGAUGCUGUACAAGAACACGGCUCACUGCUGGCUGGUGAUUGCCAGGACCGAGGGUAUCGGCGCCUUCUUCAAGGGCGCCCUGUCCAACAUUAUCCGUGGUACUGGCGGUGCCUUGGUGCUCGCCCUUUACGACGAGAUGAAGAAGUACUUUUAGCCCCGAGGCUAACGAUCGGCUGACGGUACGGAUACGGAUUUGGCCCUGGCCACUCAUCCACACCGAACCGCAGCCGUGUCGCAAUAACCACCAGACCAGUGUCCCACCAAGCCCAUGUCCAGAAGUACCAUCAUCAUCAUCCGCCCACACAGAAUCCGAAUUAGAACACGCCACGGAUACGGAUGGGAAUACUACCAGUACUAGUCAAGCAGCAAUACCAUCAUUAGAAUCAGCAUUUAGCAUCAGAACCAGCACCAGGACCAGCACCAGCACCAGAACCAGCACCAGCCGUUGAAAGCAUCCCCUCUCCAAGCUUAUCCACCGAUGAUCAUGAUCAGGACGAGUAGUAGAGAAGUGAAAUCAAAUGUGUCGAAUGUGUAUGGGUGGAUGUGGAUGUGGAUCCCAUAGCCCGAUUCAACUCCAAGACGAACUCCAAGGAGUGUGUUAGCCCCCCAAGAUUUU